GCAUAACCAAAGUCUCAAUGCAUAACCAAGGUCUCCUAGCUCAGGGGGCCCACUUGCCGUGAGAUACAACGUGCCGACAAACCUCGCUGCUCGUCAACUAUGGCGCUGGACCAGCACCUUUGCGCUCGAAUACACAUUUACACAAUGAGUUGCUAUCUCAAUGUACUAACAGCCACUUUGUAAUAACAGGGAAGAAGAGCUGUUUAUCUGUCACGCUAGUUGUCACACGAUAUAGCCCGCGGGAGCUCAAUGAAAUCAUGGGUGGAUGCCUUAGCUCUCAAGAUUUAUUAGUUGGAUAUGGCGACGACGUCUCGCAUCUGCGCCCGCGGGCCGAACCCGAGGCCGAGGCCGAGACGACCGCUGCUAAAGCAGGAAAAUCGUUUGCAAUUUCCAAACGAUAUGAGAAUGAGGUCCAGGAGGGCGGCCAGCGGAGGACUGCUGCCGAGGCUCAGGAAGCGUUCUCUCGGCGCUCUGCAGCCGCGCAAAGCAAGGGCUCAUUUGUCGAGGCUGUGUUGACGACAGAGUCGUCGCGGGAGUCAAUGGAGGACCAGGUCGCAUGGCGUGGCGCGCCUGUGCCCCCGCCGGCGCACGCAGCUAGGGGCGGCGGCGAGGCAGGCCCGGGUGUCGCCGCCGCAGCUGGUGCUGGCGAGGCUAGCGGCGACGGCGGCGGCGAGGACGAGCUCGCAGCGGUGGCGGACGUCAGCAGCCAAGACUCUUUUGAACUCGCGCGUGCGGCGACGGCGCGGGAGCUGACGGCGCUGUCGCGCUCCUUCCGCCAGGGCAACGCACCUGCCUGGCACAACGACGAUGACGGCGGCGCCAGCGCUGGCGCCGGCAGUGGCGAAAACGAUGCUGACAUGGAUGGUGGCGCCGACGCUGCUGACGUCCGAGGCCGCGAGUCGCGUUGGCGGAAGGAUGCGGGCCGGGGCCUGCAGGGCGGCGCUGCUGAAGGUGGCGGCAGCAGCACACCCAGACGAGCUCGCGGCAACGAUCCACAGAGCUGGCCCCGGCUGCAAGGCCAGCAGACGGCGGACGCUUUGGUGGUCCGUGACAGGAACGACGACGAGGUGGCGGCGGCGGCGGCUGCGGCGGCGGCGGCGGCGGCGGCGGCGGCGGCUGGCGAUGACGGCGGUAAUGAUAGAGACGAGGUGUGCCCGGUGGGCCCGGGCGUGGGUGACGGCAGCUCGCAGCCGCUGGUGCGCCUGCCCGCCGGAGUCCAGGCUGCUGUGGCCGACGCGCUGGCAGCUGAAGCAGCGGCAGGAGCUGCAGCGGGGGAAGAGCCGUUCUGGGGAGUGCCAGCGGCAGGGCAGGUCUUGCCGGGCGGCGUCGAGGCAAGCGGCGGACGCAGCGGCCCGGGUGUAGCAGGCGCGGGCGCGGGUGUGAGCGCGGCAGAGGUGGCUGCAGGGUCGCGGUCGGGCCGCAGUCGGGGCCACCGCCACAGCGAGACGUCAUUCAUGGACCAGAGGCAGCAGCAGCAGCAGCAGCAGCAACAACAACAACAGGCGGUCGCGGCGGCGGUUGGCGGCGACACAGACAGCCCGGGCCGGCCCGGCGGCCGCGCCGGGCGCAGCAGUGAUGUGGGUUUCUACUUUGACGAAGCCCGGCGCAUGGCGGCGGCUGUGGCCGGCGCUGGCCGUACGCAGUCGCAGCCAGGAGAGCUACUGCCGGAUGGCGGCGGCGGCGGCUCGGCGCAGCGUCACGGCGUGGUGCCGGUGCGGCACAACUUACUGGAGUCGCCGCUGGGGCGGCAGCUGGCCUCGCGCGGCGGCGAUGGCAGCGGCGCGGCGGGCGGGCGAGGCGGCGGCGGGCGUGUAGAUUACACACCCAGCCCUCAAGCGAUCCGGCAGCCGUCCCGCGGCAACCUGCUGCCGUCGCCACAGCCGCACAUGCGCGUCGGCGUUCAGUACGGCCACCGCGGCAGCGGCGGCGGCAGCGGCCUCACCUCCGGCAGUGCCACGCCGCCAGCAGGCGUCAGCGGUGCGCGGCCACAGCCGUACAGCGCCAAUGUGAUCUCACGCUCGGGUGGCGCGGCGGCACUGCUGGCAUCACCCACAGGCGGCGGCGGCGCCGGCGGUUCGUUGGGUCAGUGGGCAUUUGCUGCCCCAGCAGCCCCAGCCGCGGUCAACGGCGGGCUGCCGUACCGGGGGUACGGCGUUGGGCAGUUGGACGAGCAGGAAUCGGACGGGCCACAGGCGGUUGCCGUACAGCGGUUGGAUUACCAGCCGCAGCCGUCAGCCGGCAACGGCGGCAGAUCCACUGUCCCGGGUGUGGUGACUGUAACCGACGCGCCGCCGCGGAGCUACCAGUCGCCACUGGCUGCCAGCGCCUCUUCGCGUGUGCAGUCGCCGCACCGGGCCGUCGGCGGCGCCGCCGCUCCCUUCCGUGCGCUGCCCAGCUCCACCAGGAGCAGCGACAGCCUACAGGCGGCGGCCCGCACAACCAACGGGAGCCUGGCCCUGGGCGCGCGGGCCGGCGGCGGCGGCGGUGUCGGCGCCGUGGGCAUCAUGUCUCACGACAGACCGCAUGGAGUGAUGUCGCCGCAAGGCAGUGUGCACGCGGGCGCCACUGCCGCCGCCGCCGCCGCCGCCGCCGCCGCCGCCGAGCCGCGGUCAGCGCGUCUGGCGGGCGCGGUGUUCGGCGCCGCCGGCAGUGUGGGCGCCCACUCCGCCACUGCGGCCGACGUGCACGCGGCGCUCCGCCACAUGAGCAGCUCUUCAGAACUCACGGACCGGCCCGUCAGCGGCGCUGGGGUCGGCAGCAGCACCCGCCACAACUCGCAGCAGCAGCAGCAGCAGCAGCAGCAGCAUGCGGUUGCCGCGUCGUGGCAGCAGGGCAUGCCGGCGCGCCUGACGUCGCCACAGCUAGCCGCCAAGCCGGUCAGCAGCGGCAGCCGGCAGCCGUCACCGGGCGGCUCGCGCCUCAAGCUCCUGGCGUCGACCACCACCGGCUCCGCCGCCAGCAACCUGCCGCACUCCGACUCCCGCGGGUCCUUGUUGCUGAGCCACUUGCAAAGCCGGCUGGACGAUCAGUCGCGCGGCACAGCCUCCGAGCCUGGCGCGGCGCCAGCCGGAGGUAGAAGUGGCGGCGGCGGUUGGGACUUUACUAAGAAAGCCAGCCAUGAACAACUGCCCAUGUCUGGUGUGAUCUCGGGAGCUCUGCCCGGGUCCGCACGCGGUUCGGCUGACGGCGGUGGCAGCGUGCACGGCGGCAGCGGUGGCGGCGCCGGCGGCGGCGGUGGGGCCAGUCGAAUGACGGAGCGGGCGUCGAGGCUGCUGGCGUCCCUGCAUCGACUGGGGGCGGUGGCGCCCGUUAGCGGAGGCCAGCAGCAGUAGCAUUGCGUUUAUUGAGCAGCAGGGGGUCGCUUUGGCACAAUACACACGACACACUGAUUGCAUAUGUGGUAGUGCUCGUUAUUGUACUUUCAGCCUCUAAGAGGGCAAGCUCGGGUCAAGGAUGUGUUAGCGACGAAUUAACAACACCAAUCACCUCUUGGACAGUAACCUGCCUGCGGUCUCGAGUCACGGUAGUGGCAGGCGGCCGACAAACACUUUACGCAUGCACUGACACAACUUACCUCUGGCAUACACAUUCUGUAUCAUGCUCAAUUCUGUGUGCUUGCCGUGCAAGCAAUGAUUGACAUCACUCUAUCUCGUGGUAUGGCUUGGUGGUCCGGGGGAUCAGGGCGGAUGGAAUGAUGACUGGCGAUAGGGUUGGGGCUUUCUGGUACUGCGAUUGCGCAAACGCAAGGAUUGCUUGAAUGCGACAUGAAGGACUGGAGGCAUUCUGCUGGCAGGACGGCCAUGGAUGCGGUGCCUUUUGGAGCGAAGCGGUGGGCUGGCGUGAGGUGGUGCCCGCGCAUGUAAUGAGAAGGAAUUGCUGCAUGCACGGAACUGCAGGAUUAUUUCAUUGUGGCCGGCUGCCUCGCUGCCAACACGGCGUGACGGCGUCUGGCAGCCUGGGCAUCUGCGAUGACGCCGCCGGGCCAUGGCGCCGGACAUACUCACAUACAUGACCGGUUGCAUGGGCCUGGGCUUGGUCCAGCCGUCAAGGCCCCGGCGCCGCAGAAUGGCGCAUGCACCAUACAGCCCAUAGUACUUUACCAGCAAGGUAUUCGUGCUGGAGUGGCAUGACAGGUGCAGCUGAAGAGAUAGAAGGAGUUAAGGAGGCUUGGGCGUUCAGUCCGCGUUGGGGGCCUGACGGCGGAGUCACUGCCUCGCUGGAAUGCAUCAGGCGCUGAGGCACAUACAUCCUGUUAUCACAGGCGGACGGGUGCCAACGGCCUGCAUACCAGUGGCAGAAUUACUUCACACCCGCAGGAGGGUGGGAACUGAUGCACGCACUUCCAGCCUUCGGUGACUGGGGCGUGUGACACUGUGACUUGCCGUGUCAAGUUCACCAAGACGGGUGUAUAAAGCUCUCGGCG